AUGCGAUUGCUACUGGUGACGCUGGUGGCGCUGACUAUUGGCGUGUUUCCAGACAGCAGCGCUGUUGAUGUUGACGAUAACGAGUCGUUUGUGGAAUUUUCCGUGCUAGAUCUGCAUGGUCGUCAAGUUUCGAUGCGUGAGUUUAGCGCCUUUCGAGUGAUACUCGUGGUCAACGUGGCGAGUGAAUGUGGCUACACGGACAAGAAUUACCGCGAACUACAGAAAUUACAGGAGAAAUAUUACGAUGAAGGGUUCACAGUAUUGGGCUUCCCGUGCAAUCAGUUUGGAGGACAGGAACCUGGUACAGCUGAUGAGAUCAUGAAGUUUACACAGGAAAAAUACCACGUGACGUUCCCGAUCUUUUCUAAGGUGGAUGUAAAUGGAGACAAGGCACACCCUUUGUUUCAGUUUUUGAAGAAGAAAUUGGAUGGAUUUGUCACGAAUGAUAUCAAGUGGAACUUUACCAAGUUUUUGGUUGUUAACCAUGAACCGGUCAAGCGAUAUGGCACCACCACGUCACCAUUGGAGAUUGAGAACGAUAUCGCACAGGCGUUGCGCGUUAGCCAAUAUGUGGAUGAGUUUGACGAUGGCGGAGCGGCUGACGGAGAUGAUGACACUCAUGACGAAUUGUGA